AUGUUCUUGGUUAUAUUAAUUUUCUUUUCACAGUAUUUCCCGUUGCAUUCAUUGCAAUGCUUGACAAGUUCAGAUACUCUUCUUACCGUGAAUCAAUGUAAAUUCAAGUUACACACUACCGAUUCUUUUCCCAAUGAUCAAACAUUAAGUGGAUCCGGGACCAAUUGCAAAAUAAAAGAAGCUAGUACACAGGUGCUUAUUGUGUCUAUUCCGGGAACAUGUUAUGCUGAACUCACGAUUAAUUAUGCAAAAAAGAAAGUGAAACUUGUAGCAAAUAUAGCUUCCGCCGGUGUAUCAGGCUUUAUCGAUCCUUACGAUGAUAUGUUUGGCUUUGCAACAGGAAUAGAACGUGUCAUUCAAUACAAAGUCAAUGCCAAUACAGAAGCCAAGCGAUCUGUUCUCAUUACGCGUGUUCAAUGCACAACAUCGGAUAAUUGUGCGAUACGAAAACUCCGCGACCUUUUUCCAAAACUGAUGGACGAUCAAAGACGAUUGAAAAUAUUGGAAGAAGUAGAUAAUUUACUUAAUAAAUCGCCACCUCCAAAUGGAACAGAUUUAAAAUGCCUAUCGGACAAUGAAACUGUCGCUGAGUGUACUACUGGGGAAGAUCGGUGUUUUUUUGUCCGUGACAAAUUAGGUGAAACACAACGAGGAUGUACGACAUACGAUUCUAAUGAAGCCAAUCUGGAAGUUCGAUUUAAUAUCAUCGAAAAAAUGUCAGCUGGUGGAGUAGACACCAGUCCUAAAGCUUUAAAAAGCAACUUUCUUUGUGCAGAUCCAAUGUGUAACAAUGACGGAAAUUUUCAAUCUGUAACUAAUCUCCUUGCUGUGUUUGCUACUGACGGCGCAUCAUCGAAACUCAGCAACGUUAAAAAUAUAAGUACUAUACAAGUCCAAUCACAAACGGCACUUAAACACCAUGAAAAGCCUAACAAAGGACUAAAGGGAAACGAUGCAUCGUGUAUGACAUCAAUGAUAUAUCAACCGAUGAUACUGAUUUUAUGUAUCAUUUUUAAUCAAUUAUUUGGAUUUCAUUUUCUAUGCGAAAAGUGA